AGCUUCUGAAAGAGACUUGAAAAUGUGAGGGCUGCUCCUACUUCCAAACGUAAGACUUACUGCAAAAUAAAAAAAGUUAUAUUCUAGCAUAAUGAAGUGAAAAUUGAUCGGGGGUGAUUAAAUCGUUCAUACUAGAAGUAGGCAUGGGUCUUUGGAUUUCAGUACGACAGAAACUUCACCACAAUCCAAAAUUUUAUUGUCAUAGACUUCUAGGGAAGAGAGCAACAUAAUUUUACUGGAAUCCAAGGACGGACGGGACAACAGAGAAGCUGCUGAUUAAGAUUUGCAGCUUUGCUGCAGAAAGGUUGAAGGAGGGAGGGAUACUGAUAGCAUUGCUGGGACCCGGCGGGGUACUUGGAUUCGAAAUUGCUGUAGACUGGAAAGCACCACCAGAGCCCAGACUGUGAGCGGGCUGAGGUGAUUUGUGGCGAGAUGAAGCAGCUGGAUGAAUAGCUUUGGUCAUGGAAACGUCGCAACGAACCAGCAAAGCAAUCAGAUCCUUAUGGGAAGCGCCUGCAUUGUAGGAUAUUUUCCUUUUGAACAAUGUAUUCAGAAUACAGGGAAUUGACCAGGAUUUGUAUUUUUUAUCAGAAUCGUAAUGGGAAGCCAGCCUUGGACAUUUCUGCUUGCCAGACCUUGAAGCUGGAGAUAAAGCAUUCUCAGAGUUUGGAAUGCUUGGUUUAACGCUUGGAGGAGUUGCCAUUAUGCAAGUUGGCCACUUCCUGGAUCCGUUAUACACUCCCUGAAUACACUCCUUAUAACAGACGCUGUGUUCUGCUUUUGCUCAGACUGUUAUCCAAUCAGGGCAGAACAGAAAUGUGCAACUGAUACUGGAGGCGUGUAAACACAAUAUCGCCAUGGGUUACCACUCUGUGUGUAUCUUAGUGGUCGUCACCAUCAUCACUGGUUGCUUCACAAAGUCAGCAUUUGCUCAGUGCAAUACCACCCAGGUUAAUGGAACUACUUUUUGUGCAAAUGUUAACAGCACUGUAAUAAAUUCCUUCCUGGCAACUGGAGACUUCUCCAAAUGGCACUGUAGUUACACCAUCACCAGCUAUGCCUGUUCUUCAGUGGUCAACAUAACUGAAAGCAGACUGGCUGACCUGUUAAAAUGCAUAGCUAACAACAGGAUGAACUUCACAAAAGAAGCUCUGAAGCUGUUCUUUACCAGAGUAUCUGGAGUAUUGAAUGGAGCUUUGAGGGCCUAUACUAACGAGACAACUGCCCCCAGUCCGUCUAAGGCUCUCAUCCUUGAUGUACUGGGAGAGUUAAGAGUUAACAGUUUCAGCACUGAAAACUUAACCAACGUGGAUCUCAUCAAGCAGUGGUUCCUAACAAGAUUCAAACCGUUCCUGGCAUCUGCAUCUGUGGAUUUCUUAUCAUGCUUAAGCACCAAAAACUUCAGCUGUGAGACAUACCAGGCCAUAGUAACAGGGCUAAAUAACCUAUUUUCAGUUAUGGACAACAGAGUGCAGAAAUGGGGCUACACAUUUUUUAUGAAGCCCUUCUUAUCAAGAUAUAACGCAUCAGGAUCCUCCUGCACUUCCAAUAUCACCAACAGCCGAGACUGGCUUCAGAAGAACUUCGGGCAGUUUGUUGUCUUUGCCGAGUACAGAGAUUUGGUUCAUUUGAACAGCAACUUCAGUGGGCUGGAAGCACUGGAUCUGCUUACCCCAGUACAGAUAGCAGAACUGACUCUGGACCCCAAAGUCGGUGCUCUGAACAAAGUGGGGAUCAUGAAUAAAGUCAUUGAUGGACUGCAGAACCGUUCACAGGACAAUCAGCUUCACGACUUCUUUACACAUUUUGCCCAUAUUACAAUGCAGAAUAACAUGAUCGUCAUCAACAACACUGAUGUGAGAAACGCCAUGCUGAACUGCACCUUUGCCGCCCUGAGUCCUGCAUUCCCCACCUUCAGUAGUGCCAUGUGGAAAGACUGGUUCCAAACCAAACUAGUUCUGCUGCUGCCCAGUAUCAAUCCUGGCACUCUGAAAGCCCUAACAAAAAACAUCACCUGUGACUCCUACCAAGAAAUAAUCAAAGGGCUUGACGGUGUAUUCAGAUCUCUCUCUCCUGAACAGUCUCAGACUGUGUUCAAUUUCAGUAAGGACUACUUGAUGCAGCAAUCCCCUGCAGGGUUUUCCUGUGUGAAUAAUACCACCAGUAACAAGGACUGGUUGGUAAAGAAUUUAGGAAAAUUCAGUGCCAGUGCUUCAUACAUGGACCUUACACUCCUCAACAAGAAUUUCACUGGGAUGGAAGACCGGGAUAUUUUGACAUUUCUUCAGUUCACCCAGCUUGCAGCUACUCCUGGAAGACUGAAUACCUCAGAAGAUGUCAGAAAACUGAUGACAUUUUUGAACUCUUCUGAUUCUGCACAGUUCUUUGACUUGUUCAUACCUGCUCUCCAGGGACGAGAUUUGCCAAAUGCUGUGAAGACAGCACUGCUACAGGGGGCCCUUGAUAAAGGUAACCUGUCUGCAGCCGACGAUGCAGCGAUCCUGAGGUGGCUGGGCACCAGGCUCAAGCCUCUGCUGCCAGCACUGACUCCAAACCAAGUACCGCUCCUCUUCAGCACUCUGAAGAAUAAAAACUGCAGUACAAACCACCAAGCUGUGGCAAUACUGAGCUCCAUCAGUGGCAAGAUUAAUACCACUGUGCAGAGAGAAGUCUUCAAUAAUAUUGUGACCUCACUUAAAGAUCCAGCUCCACUACGCUGCUACACAAAAAAAAGCUUCCUUGUGUACAUGAACGACACCUUCCUCAACUUCAGAAGUUUCCUUACUCUAACCAGCAUCCUUUCAGUGGCUCCAGAAACACGUGCAGCAGAGCUGGUGAACACUGUAACACCCUCUGAGCUAAGUGAAUUUCUCAGUGUGCCUGAACGCAUUGACAAUCCCACCCUGCUCACUGAAGUUUUGAAAAACUACACACAAUUACCUCUGUUCGUUGAAGGUUUUAAUGGGAGGAUUUCACAGUUGAACAUCUCUAAAGCCAUUAAAUCAUCCAUCCUGAGGGCUGUGUGGCCUACGGUUCUGAGCACUGAUAGUGAAGCUGAACUGAAUAAAUGGUUUACCAAAAGACUGAUCCCAUACCUGGAAGCUUUCGAUAAGAACCUCAUUACUUCCAGUGACACUCUGGCUGCCAAAUGCUUGCCAUUCAGGAAAAUGGUUCAGGUUCUUGGAAACAGCAGCAGCUAUUAUACAGACUUCGACAGGAAGGAUGUGUAUGGCACACUGAAGUCGUAUCUUUCAACAGGCAGAAAGCCGAAGUGUUACAAUGCUGCAGACCCAGUUCUGAAUUCAACUGCAUGGUUUGCUAAUUACCUCGGACCAUUCAUUAACUUCAGCAGCCAAAAUGACAUCAACUUAUUUGGUUUGACAGAACAACUUAAGAUCUUUGCUGAUAACCCUGACAAUCUGAAGCUCAUGAACAAUGAAGUCAUCCCUCAGGAUGUCCAUGCUCUCUAUAGCUCAUUGGUGUUUGAUCAAAAUCCAGCAUUCAGUAUUACAGAGCUUCCUGAUCCACUCCUUUGUGUUGCCCCGGACACUGGAUACUCUUCUGUGAAACCAGCUGAGCUGCAAGCUUUGUCAGAAAGGUUGCUAAAAGUUUGCAACAAGACUCUGGAUUCUGCGAUUAUUUCAAAUGUGGCCGGAAACAUUCAAAAUGCCUCUGCAGACGUCAUAAAAGCCCUAGGAAGUCAAAGUGGCCAACUUUCACAAGGACAGCUUGAUCAGAUUCAGCCUGGAGUUCUUAAUCAAACUCUUAACAUCCUGAAUACAGUCAGCUGGAAACAAGAACAGGCCAUUCUCCUGGUUACAAAGCUGUUCGGAAAUGGGUACAAGCUUGACAGUGUAAAUUCGCUUACAUCUCUGGGAACCCUGGUCCAAGGCCUGCCUUCUACCACAAUUGAGAGUGUCAGCCCUGAUGUCGCUGUCAACGCAGCAAAAGAUCCAGCUUUUGUUCAGAAUAUCAUUAGAGGACCAGAAGUUGUUCAACAGAUAUUUGUUAACAAGAUAAUUACUGGGAACAAUGAUCCCAACGUCGUGUUGCAAAACAUUCCUGAUGAUAUGGCAGGUCUAAUUCCAUUGCCUUUAUUGACUUUCUCUGGAAACACGUUUAAUCUUGAACAAAUGGAAAAGAAAACAUGGAAAAAGGAACAGGCUUCGCUGUUUUUUGACAAAUUAGCAUCCAGCACCACCAAUUAUACAAAACUUUCCCCAUCUGUACUGCAAGGAUUCAGCUGCAGUGCCGUGCAAAACAUUCCAAACAACAACAUCGUCAACAUUAUCAAAGCUUGUAGGGUUAAAAAGGUACCCCUAGUGGAGGACCAGCUGUCCUGCAUGGCUUAUCAUGUCACUGCAAAUGCAUCAGCACAGGACUUCACCAGCUAUCCUGUAGACAUGUUGCUCUAUUACCCCUACAGUCAGAUUCAGUCAGCAAACUGCAAAUCGUACUUUAAGGAAAUUGGUGGUGCAAACUUUAAUGUUUUUUCUGAGGCAUCAAAUAGACCAACUGCCCUCACAAACUCUGCUAAAAACUGUCUGGGUAUAACAGGCACCAGUCUCAGCAGUGAACAUUUAAACGUGCUCAACAAUAUGGUCUGUAUCCUGAAUGGAAGCUACAUUGAAAACUCGGACAGUCUAAUCUUGGAAAAACUCAAGAAGUGUGAACAGCUCACUGGUCAACAAAUUGCAUCUGUUGAGAAAAUCCUUUUCAGCGGCACUACAAGAUAUGGAAACCCUUCAACUUGGACACAGCAGACCCUGAAAGACCUUGAAGAAUUGCCUUUGUUCCUAACAAGCGAGUUUUGGUCCAAGUUCAAGAAGGAUGACAGAAAAAGCUUCCUCAAAGACCAGAACAAUGUAAAAAAAAGCCUAAAAAAAGAACUUUUCAGACAACUUGAUCUGAAAAAAAGAGCAAGACGUGCAGCUGGGUGCACUGUUGGAGAAAUAACAACAGCCAAGAUCAACGAAGCUACCUUCCCAAUUGAUUAUGAUGAGACACAGUUCGGUUUGUGUUUAGCCAGCAACACUGCAAAGGACAACCUGGCCCUCUUGACUGGAAAAGUUUUGGUUGAAAAUUAUCAGGCUAUCCUUUUCCAAAAAUUAAAAGAGGCAUACAACAACAACAUUCCUGAGGAUCAACUUAAAUUGCUUGGUGGCACUUCACGAGUGGCCUCUGUGUCCGACAUCAAUUCAUGGACCAUCACUACACUUGAUACUCUGUCAGCUUUGAUGAAAUCUGAGGACGGGGGAUGGGAUGCUGAUAAGAGUGCAGCCAUCAUCACAAAAUAUUUAGGUGCUGGUAAAACCUUGGAUGCUGUAGCGCUGAAAGCUAUUGGCGGUGAAAGCCUGUGCUCUCUUAGUCUCAGCCAACUGAAAACCAUUACGGGACCUAACCUGCUAGAUGCAGGGGCUUUGGAUAUUUCUUCAUGCACUCCUGAGAAAAAGAAAGAACUGUACAAUACAGCUUCUGCAGCUUUGUUCAACCAGAGGAGUGAUGCGCUGACGUACUACAACCUCAUCAAGCCCUAUCUAGGUGGUGCUCCUCUGGAAGAAGUUCAAAGGAUUGCUAACCAGAACAUUAACAUGGACAUCACAACUUUCAAGAACCUUGACAAAGAUGUUAUCAUGAAACUCAGCCCAGAUACAGUUAGAACCCUUCUUGGCAGUAACCUGCGAGAUCUUGAAAGCCAGGUGAAUGACCCUGUGAUAAAGGAAUGGAUGUCACGUCAGGUCCAGUCAACACUGAACUCUCUAGGGGUGACUGGAGUCAUUGGAAUACCAGACCCUCUUCCAAGUGGCGUACUAACAAUCCCGAAACCAGUGUCAGCAGGAGUGAACCUGAUCACCCCUCGUGUGCUGCAGACACUCUUCAUUGGUGUGCUGAUAGCUGCAUUGCAAAAAAUUCUGUAACUUGACAUAGCUGAUUAAAAGCAUAUAUUUAGAAAACAAACUAUGUAAUAAAAUAUAUUCUGCCAACUGUCUUUUGUUUACCAUUCUGGGGGAAAAACCACUGUGAACACUGUGAGAGGGAGGUGGUUUAAUGCAGUGUAAUUGUUGCAUAUUAAUUUGUCUGGUGCACUUUUAAAAUGUCUUCUUUUAUUUUUAAAUGUUUAAGCUUUCGUUUGUCUCGUGUGUUACUGUGUCACUGCACAGCACUUCGAGACCCUGUCAUACAAGGUGAUUCAUGUUGCAUCGUGCCACUGUCGCAAAUAAGAUUAUCAUGAAGGGAUGUGUAUAACAUAAGAGAUCAUAUAAGACUUAUGAGAUUACAUUUUUAUUAUUUAUAUUAUACACAUUGUGGUUCCUGAUUGUCAGGAAAUGUAAAAAAAAAAAAAAAAAUACUGAUUAAUUAACUUUAAAUUGACUACUUGGCCUGCUAUGAAUGUUUUUCUUCCUGACAUUCCAGUCUAUUGGAGUUGUUUCUUGUAUUGUAAUAAUUCAAU